AUGAAAAAGGCAACCUCUCAAUUGUUUCAGCAGGUACACAUCAGGCCAAGAGCCGAGUGUUAUCAACCUGUCCAAGAGUACCGAGUCGAAGAGGGCACUUACAUUCGAGAGCAAGAAAAGUUCGAAGACAGCUUACUGCAACGAUGUCCUGCUCAUCUUUGGCCUGGAAAAUCCUACCAGACAGGGUGUCCGCGGCCCAUUUUAAUCACAAAAAAGCACCAAAAACAGCUAGAAGACUUGCAUGGGGCAUUGACUCUAGCAAUAACGGAUAUUGUUGAGAGAUGGUGGAUUGACAAAGACGCACACUUUUCUGAUCGUAUGCCACUCGAACCACGAGAAGAACAGCUUUUACGCUGGCUCGAAGCUCAAAUUAUCAACAAUAAAAUCCCGAUGUAUCGCGAGUGUCGGGGCUCGUGGCGACCAGACUUUCUUGUUGAAGACGCACUUGAUGCGAAUGGUAUGACAGUAGAAAACUAUCGCAUUACUGAGAUUAAUGCACGCUUCUCAUUCAAUGCUUUUCUUCAUUCAAUCCUUGCAUAUGAAGGUCUGGAAGAGACGGGGGCUGGGAGAAGUGGAUUAAGAUGUGCAGCAAAUCCAAGAAAGCUCCUUGACGGAAUCAUCAAUCUUUUUCAGACGGGAGUUCCAUUGCACCUUCUUAAGGGCAAAGAACCGGGCAUGGAUAUCCAUAUGCUCCUUCAUAUUGUUCAACAGCGGUUCGGCUUCAGACCCAAAAUCAUCACUCCAGCACAGCUCAGGCUUCUCCCUUUUGAUGAUGGCAGUGGAUAUAAACUUUGCUGUUUAGUGGGACGAAAUGAGGAAACCUCCCCUUUAGCCUGGCGGACCAAUGAUAACGAAGUUGUUGAGGAAAUCUACCAGGUCGGUCUUGAGCUACACCAAUCAGAGCUACUUGCCCUAGAGCCGGAGAUGCUGCGGCAAAUUAGUCUCCGUUGUUUCAAUGACUUACGUUCAAUCUUUUUGACACAUGACAAGCGAAUGCUUGGUAUAUUGAAGCAGGAGUUGAAUUCACUGGUCACGCGGUGCGUGAUUACUGGUGCACAGGCAAAAAUUCUUGAUCAAGGAAUUGCGGAUACAUACCUUCCUGGAUCAAAAGAACUGGAGAGACUCUUUUGUCUUGCACAACAGUUUCCGGAUUUACGGAAAGAGUUUAUCUUGAAACCCAUUCGCAGUGGCAAAGGAGCAGGAAUUGUAUUUGGUGACGAAUUCACAGCUGAAGACUGGAUCUCCGCCUUACAACUUCAACGGAGCACUCAGAUAAUCUCAGGAGUUACCUGUGUAGUACAGCGCCGCAUCACUCCAAGACUUUAUGACCUUGUUCUGAACUCUUCCGGUGUUCGUGUUCAAUACCCCCUCAUCGGAACAUAUUUUGUCGUACACGGGAGAUUGCUCGGCCUUGGCGCAUGGCGUAGUAGUCCUGACAAGAUCUGUGCUGUUAGUCAUGGAGGAGCCUGGGUAUGCUCAGUCAUUCCUGGAGAUGUAGUCUAG